AUGGGUCCAUCUUUAGACAACAGCAGCGUCUGUAUGGGGAGGGUCCUAGAGGUUUUAAGGAACUGGCCUCAGAGGGAUAUUCAAGUUAUUUGUGUCACCGAUGGUGGGCGAAUGUUGGGACUUGGAGAUUUCGGUGCUCAGGGAAUGGGAAUUCCUGUAGGCAAACUUGCUCUCUACACUGCCCUUGGAGGAGUUCGCCCAUCAGCUUGUUUGUCCAUUACAAUUGAUGUUGGCACGAACAAUGAGGAACUGCUAAAUGAUGAGUUCUACAUUGGACUGCGGCAAAAACGUGCAACUGGCAAGGAAUAUCAUGAGCUUAUAGAAGAAUUCAUGAGCGCUGUGGUGCAAAUCUACGGUGAGAAAGUUCUCAUUCAGUUUGAAGACUUUGCCAAUCAUAAUGCUUUUGAUCUGCUUCAAAAAUAUAGCAAGAGCCAUCUUGUUUUCAAUGAUGAUAUCCAGGGCACAGCAUCAGUGGUCCUUGCAGGUUUGUUACCAUCACUCUCUGAGCUGCAUAUUUCGAAUGGUGCAGAAAAUAUGAAGAAAUUGAGUCUUCUAAGAUGA